AUGGCCAUGCCCGGUGGAUACUCCGAAGCACCAGCAAGCGACGCAAGAGCUGCAAAAGCAGAAGAGGUCGCUACCAACGCCAUCAAAGCCCAGUAUGGCGGGGAUGUGGUUGUUGAGAAUGUUGAAAGACAGGUUGUUGCUGGGAUGAACUAUCGCAUACGCUUGGGAGAUGGUGACAGGAAAUAUCUGGUCGUUGUUUUCGAGAGCCUGCCGAAUAAUGGGCAAACUACCUUCACUGUAACCUCUAUUGAGCUACUGAAACAGUAG